AGCGGCACACCUUGGAGCCUGGAUCGGAGAGUCGGCACAAGCACAUGCCUGGCACUCUGCUUCCCUGGGCUCGCCUGUGUUUGCGAUGGAGGCCGUCCAACCAGGGCCUUACCUGGUGCCGCAGGUGGCCCCGGAUUCGGAUUCCGACUCGGAUGGACCGGCUUUGGUUGGUGCCCCUGCCAAGGCCUCGUCCCGCUCCCAGGUCAUCCACAGCGGCCACUUCAUGCUGUCCUCUCCGCACGGCCACCGCCGGGACUCCGACCCUCCUGGCAUCGAUCCCACCUUGACGCGGCUCUUUGAGUGCAUGAGCCUGGCCUACAGCGGGAAAUUGGUGUCUCCCAAAUGGAAGAAUUUCAAGGGUCUUCGCUUGCUUUGCCGAGACAAGAUCCGCCUGAACAAUGCCAUCUGGAGAGCUUGGUAUAUACAAUAUGUGGAACGCAGGAAGAGCCCCGUGUGCGGAUUUGUCACUCCGCUGGACGGAUCGGAAGCGGACGCCCACCGGAAGCCGGAAGCUGUUGUGCUGGAGGGGAACUACUGGAAGCGCCGGAUCGAGGUGGUGAUGAAGGAGUACCACAAGUGGCGGAUCUACUACAAGAAAAGGCUCCGCAGAUUCAGUCGAGAAGGCGAAAUAUCAAGUCCCAAACCGGGUGACGAGGCAUGGAAGCCCACCAACCACUGGUGCGACCAGCUCUUUUCCAACGUGGUCCCGAUGCUCUUGAGGGACAAAGGGGAGGAGGAGGACGCGGAAGGGAGGCAGCUCUUUGACCUGGACAGUUUCCUUUCGGACAUCUCGGACACUCUCUUCACCAUGACCCAGGCCGGAUGCCCCCCUCAACCGGCUCCAGAUGAAGCUUACAUCGGCAACGCGGACAUGAUCCAGCCAGACCUGGCCCCCCUGCAGCCGAAUAUGGAUGACUUCAUGGAGAUAUCUGACUUCUUCUCUGCUCCGCGCCUGCUGCCAGCCCAGGCCCCGAUGGCCUUCCAGGACCAAGGCUGCUUUGGGUCCCUUCCGGAGCCACUUUGCCUGAGCAGCGAUGGCCCUGGCGCUGCCAACCUCCUCCCUCCGUGCCCCGCCAGCUCCCCCCAGGUGCCCAGCCCUCGCCUGCAGACUUCAGGAGCUUUUCCCUCUCAGCUGGGCUCCUCUGCAGGGGUCUUCCUCAGCCCUGACCCACCUCCGGCCCCAAUGUCGGGUGGCCUGGCCCCAGGUCUCAAGCCCAAGCCCCCCAUGGCAUGUAACCUACCAAGCAAAUGGCUGGGCUUGGACUCCUAUCCCUCUUACGACCCCGGUUGCCCCCUGACCUCCGCCACCCACCCACGGCUGCCUUACUCAACCUCCACCCUCUUCUCCCGCUUGACCCCUUCCCCGUCCCUCUCCGGCUUCCCCCCGAAUGUGCCAAUCUAUGGGGUUGACCCGCCUUCUCCUGGGUACCCCCACCCUCCUUUCUGCACCCCGCAUUUGCACCCGGAGAUGCCCCUUUUUGCAAUGGGCCGAAGUGACGAGAGGUCAAAAGGCAAAGGGUCAAGUGCCAAGGCCAAGAGAGGCUCCCGACCAGCGCCCGACUCUAUGCCCAAUCCUUGCCUGGCACAACUGCUGACCACAGCCAAACCAGAGCCCAGCCUGGAGGCGCUGCCCACCUCUCCUCCCAGCCAGAAUGUGAUCCCCACCACACCAGAAUCCUUGCAGAGCAUGUUUUGUGAAGACCCCAUUGGCUACUUACCCCGAAUGGGUCAACCGAGUCCGCGGCUCUCCCCAUCCUCCAGCCCCUCCGGAUCGGUCUCCAUCGCUCCUUCAGCCCCCCUUGUGCCCAAGACAGAGCGCUUGUCUCCGACCCCAGUCUGCACCAAUACCCGAAGGAUGUCUGAACAAGGCUCCCCGGUCUCCGUCGAAGGGCUGAUUGCUCUCAAUCCAUACUCAAGCCCCCGGAACCGGACGGAGCCAAAUAAGACAGAAAGCCGCCGCAUCACUCACAUCUCCGCAGAGCAGAAGCGCCGGUUCAAUAUUAAGGUGGGCUUUGACACGCUGCAUGGGCUCGUGAGCACCCUUAGCGCCCAGCCCAGCCUCAAGGUCAGCAAAGCCACGACUUUGCAAAAGACGGCCGAAUACAUCCACAAGCUCCAGCAGGAGCGGACGGCGCUGCAGGACGAGGCUCAGCGUCUGCGGGACCAAAUCGAGGGACUGAACGCCGCCAUCAACCUGUGCCAACAGCAGCUGCCUGACACUGGGGUGCCCAUCACUCGCCAGCGCUUCGAUCACAUGCGGGAGAUGUUUGACCAGUAUGUCCGCUCCUGCACCUUGCAGAACUGGAAGUUUUGGGUUUUCAGCAUCAUCAUGCGCCCGCUUUUUGAAUCCUUCAACGGGAUGGUGUCCACCUCCAGCAUCGAGAGCUUGAGCCAGACCUCCUUGGCCUGGUUGGACCAGUACUGCUCCCUCCCAGCGCUGCGGCCCACGGUCCUAAGCUCCCUCCGCCAACUCAGCGUCUCCACUUCCAUCCUGACCAACCCGGGGGCCAUCCCCGAACAGGCGGCUCAAGCUGUGACCGGAACCAUGGCCCAUCAUGCCUCCUCCUAGCCCCAAGGGGCCCGCCUCGCAGGGUCGGCGUUGGACGGAGAGGACGGGAUCAUCCCAAACAGAUGGGAGAGGAUUUGGAAAUGUCUCGAAGACCACUCUCAUCCCUGUUACCUGACUUUCCCAUUACUCCUGACUUUGCUGGACUUUAAAAACAUAAGUGAAAGGUGUUGUUGUGGUCUAUAUUGUGCUCAUGCUCACAUAUUUUGUAGUGCAAUACUCGCUAUGACCAAUAGAUGGCGGCAAAGGACUGGCAAUUCAAUUCAUAGGAGUGUUCAUUGGCAAGGGAUCCCUAUGGGGAAGGUGACCAUUGGAGGCUAUAUAAUAAUAAUAAUAAUCAUCAUCAUCAUCAUCAUCAAUGGAGGCCACACCAUCAAGGCCAUAAAAACCUGGGACAUACCUGUCAUAGGAUAUACUGCUGGCAUCAUAAACUGGACACAGGUGGAACUGGACAAUUUGGACAGAAAAAGAAGAACAUUCAUGACCAUUCAUCAUUCUCUGCACCCUCGCAGUGAUGUUGACCGGCUAUAUCUGCCUAGAAGAUCAGGGGGCAGAGGACUCUUAGAAGUAAAACAAGCAGUCAAAGAAGAAGAACAUGCCCUGGCAGAAUAUGUAAAGCAAAGUGAAGAACCUGCUUUGAUUGAAGUCAAAAAUCAGAAACCUACUGGAGGGGAUUGAGGGGACUGACUUACCAUAGUGGGAGUUGUAGUUUACCCGGGUACCCAAACUAGUAUAAUAAUAAUGGAGAAUAUUCUCCUUCCAUGAAUGCAAUGAAUUCAGUACCAAAAAGUUCCCAAUAUAAUAACAAUAUUAUUACUAUUAAAAUAGAUUUCCUUUUC